AUGCCAGAUGAUAUAGGUGGAAAAAAGAUUGUGAUCAUUGGUGUCCAUGGCUGGUUUCCCAUGAAGCUAGUAAGAAGCAUGAUCGGUGAACCAACGGGAACUUCACACAAGUUUUGUGAACAGAUGACUCUUGCUGUUAAAAAGUACUUUUUAGACAAUCACGGUUUGACUAUACCCGACAGGUCGAUCACUAGUAUUUCAUUACUCUGGGAAGGAAAGGUUCAAGAAAGAGUAGAUAAAUUUUAUGAUCUUAUUCAGGCUCAAUGGGUAGAAAGUAUAAAAGAGGCUGAUAUCAUCUUAUGGGCCACUCAUUCUCAGGGCACACCUGUGUCGAUCAUUCUGCUACAGAAGCUAAUUGAGUCGUCCAUCAUUCGACCACAUCAACAACCAAUGUGCUUGCUAGCAAUGGCUGGUAUUUCUCAUGGACCAUUUCCAACCUUGAAAGGAAAUCUUUUAGUCAAGUACUUUGAAGCAGACCCGGCUAGAGAAUUGUUUGAGUUUAUGAACUCGAAUUCGGAAGUAUCCAUCAUCUAUAGAGAGGCUAUGGCAUAUGUUCUACAGCACGAUAUCAAGGUCGUACUUGUUGGAUCUAUGCAAGAUCAAGUUGUUCCUCUGUAUUCAGCAAUCAUGUCUGGUCUGUCUCAUCCUAAUCUACUGCGUGCUAUUUAUAUCGAUGGUCACAUCUAUUCUAAAGAUGACUUUUUGAUUCGACUUAUUGAGUUUGCAAUAAGUCUAUUAAAUAUGGGUCUGUCUGAUCAUGGAUUUCUGAUUCAUAUUAGUGAAGCAUUAGCUGGCAAUCUUUACUCUUUGGAAGGCGGUCAUUCAACAAUAUAUGAAGAAUUGGAUGUAUUUACUCUACCACUGCAGUACCUGUUUGAAACACAUCCUAUUGGCCAUAAACAAAAGAAAAUACGUAUAGAGCAAAAGGUGGAAAGGGCGAUGAACGAAGUCAAGGCAAGGCUAGAUCCAUUCCAAGCGAGAUUAAAGUUGAAUCCGUUUCAUCUACCUUGGGCCAUGCGUGGUAUUUGGGAUGAUUCAAGAAUAUUAAGUAAUGAGGCUUUACGUAAAGAGCUAGAGCAACUUCAGGCGUUAUUUAAUAAAUGGAACCCGACAAGUGCCAGGUUAAAGGAGAUUAAGUUUCGAUUGGAGCCUUUGAAGGCAAGGUUAUAA